CUCCUGAAAAUCUUCCUACCAUUCUACAAAAUCCUGAUAUUGCCGCUCUUGCUCUAAAAUAUUUAAAAGCAACCGACGAAAUGCUGGCACUUGUAUUUGAUUGGAAUAAUGCAGGCUUUAAUGAUACUGCAGUCCCAAAUUGUCGUAAUGGUAUUGCAGGAAAAACCAAAGCGGCUAUAGUUGCAAAUUUAGUUGCAAAUGGUGCUACCGAUUUUCAAAAUAUGAACGGCAAGAGACCAAGCUGGCGUUCCCAAUAUCUGGAAUGA